AUGAACUCAUCAAAGAUUAUGGUUGUGUUGCCACCGCAGGUGGAAGAUAUUACAAUUCUUGAUAAUGUGCGACCUACACUGUUUGAUUUGCCCCAACUCACCGCCGCCAGAGUGAAUGAUCCCGGAAAGCUUAACUGGCUACAUUUGAAAAAGGUGGCCAACACCGGCAUCCUCGGAUGUUUACACUGGCUCGACUUGGAGAGUAUCGAUAUUAGUAUGGAAGGACAUCUUGAUGAUUUCCACUAUAUCAAUUGUCCUAAGCUCACCUCGGUGUUCGUCGAUAAAAACCUUGAACUCCACCCUGAAGAUUCUCCUGCGUCGGUGCUUUUCACACGGCCGCAAAUGGCUCAGCUCACCGAGCUCAGAGUCUAUAAUUACCGUAUCGACGACUUGACUUCAUUCGAGCUGCUUCGCGAGGUCUCGUGUUAUUUUAAUCAUUCACUUUGCGAGGACACUCCCCUCCCUCCUCAUUUGGUUGAACUUGACAUUGAUACUCCCUGCCUGAUUAGAGGCAUUCCUCCUCAAUUGGAAAUGUUCGACGCUUGUGAAGUUUCGUUGGACGCUCCCAACGUGGUGUUUUGCACCCUCAUCGAUGUUGAGAAUCCGUUCCCCAUUGAAGAUUGCCAAUUCUUGCACUCACUCACCUUUGGGUGCGAGACUUGGGAGGAAUUGGUGCUUCCUCGUCCCAUUGACUUUUUCGAAUUGAAGGGAGCAAACUUGCGAGUGGUAGACGUCGAGGCAAGACGGGUACUAUUUACUAACACUACGGUCGAAGACUGGGUCUACUCCAGAGCCCGGGUUCGCGUCAAAGCUUACUGGACUCAUAUCGAUCAUCAGCUGGUUCUCAAUUUCGACACCGUUUCUCUCGACACGCAGUGUUUGGAGACCUCCUUUUGCGGUGUGGAGCAGUUCCCCGAUAUCGUAUUCUUGGAGGUGUGCCAGGGCCAUCCCAGAUAUUACAAAAACCUUAUUUACCCCUACGCGUUCGCUUCGUUGACCAAGUUAACCGAACUCAAGAUCGUUUCCAAGGAAAUUAAGUGCUCAGAAGGAACGCCAUUCAUCAUUCCAGCAUCGGUGAGAUCGUUGGUGAUGAUUAAUUGUGAGGCGAUAAAGCUCUGGCUCCAAUUAGAGGACGAAACGGCGCUUGAACACUUGGAAAUAUGCUACUGGAACGACACCGUAUACGGUGAGAAGCUGAAACUGAGACCGGCGCACUUCACCAUGGACACGUUGGGGUUGACCCAGAUGCCCCCUUCGUACUAUUGCCCACGUCUUCAGGGGGCAGUGACCCACUUCAAACGGCCAAGGUUGAAAGUAGACUAA